CAGUGCUGUGCCACACAAUUAAACUGCUCCUGCAAGAGGAGGCUAUGGUGCUUUGAGAACUACUCCACCAUGCAGUCCACCAUGAAUAUCAAUGGACUUCAGCGACAAAGCAGCCAAGAGAACUGCAAUCUGGAUAACACUUUGAAGAAAAAGGCUGCUCUGUGGUACCGGCGCUCACUGAGGGGGAACAGUGACCGACACCGACAGAACACCAGCACCCUGCCCAGAAGUUACAAGGCAAAGUUUACCCCCACCAACUCUCUGGUUGAUUACAUGGACCCACAAAGAACCACAGUGGUGCUGGAAAAACAAGACAACGAAACAUUUGGUUUUGAAAUUCAGACGUAUGGUUUGCAGUUAAAGAGCACGUCUGAAGUGGAGAUGUGCACUUUCGUGUGCAACAUAAAGGAAGACAGCGUGGCUGAAAGUGCUGGCUUGACCGCAGGAGAUGUCAUUGUCACCAUCAAUGCGGUCAGCAUAGAAGGAUUAUCACACCAACACAUUCUUGACCUUAUAAGACAAUCAACCAAUAAUCUAAAGUUGGAGACUGUGUGUGGUAAUGUUGUGAAGAAGAUAGAGCUUGAGAAGAAACUCAAUCAGCUCCAGCAGUCCUUGCGUGAGAAGUUGAAGGAGUUUCAAGCGCUCUCAUUACAGGAAAGAGGUCUGAUGCGAGAUAAUUUAAAUGACAGCAGCCUCAACCUGUUGAUGGACCCUUCGGGUAUUCUGAGCUCCCCCAUGGGGCGCCGGGGUCGGCGUUUUUCCAGCGACAGCAGCUACAGGAGUGGGAUGACAGACGACAGCGACCAGGCCAGUGUGUUUGGGGAUGUGAGCUCACCCAGUCCCUAUAGUGCAGCCAGCACCACGGAUGAUGGCUGCUUCUUCUCAAAAGACUUCCCCCUGCAGGAAGGGCCAAGGAGGACAUCGUCACCCAGCCUUCAUCACCAGGCCUUAUGCCGCUCCAGCAGCUCCAGUCUGGCCGGCAGCAGCACCUCUCUGUCUCCAUCCUGGGAAGAAACAAGGAUCUCAUCCCUGUUUGGGACUCUGCCAAGGAAAAGCAGGAGAGCCAGUGUGCGCAAACAGAUCUUUAAGUUAAUUCCUGGACUUCAGCGAUCAGUUGAAGAGGAGGAGAUGGGAACAGCUUGAAAGGUUUCUCAUGAGAUCCCUUGAUAUUAAGGGCUGGUUGAAGGUUGUAGCAAUAGACACUCUGAUGAAGUGUUUCCUCACACUUCAAGUGAAGAUACAAGUUUACUCCAAUGCUUUCUGAGCCUUAAUGUGAGCUGAGCUCAACAUUUGGACUAAAACUCCAGUGCAAAAGCAUUAUAAAAACGAAUGCAUGUUAAGUGAAUGUAACAGGCUGCAAUGUAUAAUACAUGAACAUAUAUCCUACUAACUUGAAUAUUUCUUUCUGUGUGCAUCUCACACAGAGCAGCAUUAAUGACAGUUUAAAUUCCAGUUAUAAUCCUUACUUUGGAUUUUAAAAUGACACUGUUUUGACCUGAAUGAACAAAUUAGAUAAACAGUUAGGAAGCACUUACACGACUUUCAGGUGCUUGAAACCAAAACCAAAUCUGUAAACCAUGUAUAUCUGUUAAGUUCAUAACAGGAUGUGGGCAUGAGAGUACUACUUAGCUUUUUUUUCCAUUUCCAAAAUUACUCUCAGACUCAAAAGGAUACAACUUACUUUCGGUCCACAGAAACAGUGCAUCUGCUUUCCUAAUUUCUUCAUAAUCUGAAAAAACUGUAUAUAUAUGAAAGCAACUGGAAAUAUUUUGGUUUUGAUAUAUGCUUUAUUUUGUUCACUCAAGGUUGUAUAUAUGUAAAAAGGCUUUUAAUCAAUAAACCGUGUUGUUAUGCACUGUU